UUCCCUUUCCUUCGCCUCCCGCUAGAACUCCGCGAGCAAGUCUAUUCCCACUACUUUGAUCCUAGCGACCACCUCGUGCGCAACACUGCGCUCGAGGCAAAGGGCUUCUUCGGCGGCGUCUACCACUGGAAUCUCGACGUCUUCUACGUGAACAAGCAGAUACACCGGGAGAGCAAGCGCGUGUGGAGACGCGAAAACAUCUUUGUCAAGAUCGCGACGCCAUGGCCGAGUGCGGUCAAUCAUAUCUCGUCAGAGGGCUUGGUGCCGAUUGUAUGUGCAGAUGCACAGGCGAAUGCGUUUACGGGACAUCACGCUGUGGUGCAGAUUGAUUCGCCCAUGCAGAUUGUGACACCGGAGCAUAUGGUAGUCAUGUUGGCAGAUGACUUGCCGUUGUUCACUCGGACAUGGUAUUACAGUGCAUUGUCGUAUCCGACACUGAAUGAGCGGCUAAACACUACGUUUAUGCUGCGGAAUCCAGCGAAAGCAGACGACAACCGCGAUGAGAACAGCAGCGAAGACCAAGACCAAGACCAAGACGAACUCGGAGUCCCUCUCGCCAUCCAGCGAAAGCUCCUCCUCCCAUUCGAACAUGUAAAAGGUCUCCACGGCUCCCUCUUCAUCGGCUUCUCCAACACCGUCCAAUCUGAACUCGCACGCCUCCAAGCCCGCCCUAUCCCCUCCCUCGAGCAAAGCCUCGAAUCAGCAACCGACUACCUCGCCGCGGGUGACGCCGCCCUCGCAAAAUCCACCUCACCCACGGCCCUCGAAGCAAUCGAGCUCUACAAAAAAGCCUUCCACGCAAUCCACAUCCUCAUCCACGGCCGCACCCGCCGCGUCAUGGCCGACGCCUUCUUCCAAAACGCAGUCACCCACGGCCGCUACGCCGGCCAAACCGGCAUCACCAUGCGCGUCGUCCUGCGCCUCAAACUCGUCUCACGCUUCCUCGCCGCCUACAACCAGCUCGCCCGCUGGGACGAAGCCGCCUUCUGGGGCAUGCGCAGCAUCACCAUCCUCGAAGAAUCCCUAAACCCAGAUUUCGAAAUGUUCCUCACCGAGAUCCUGGGGGGUGUCGACGUAGGCAUGAUUUACCUGCGCACGGGCAUUGCGUUUUGGUACAUGGAGAGUAAGCGCGAGGAUUGGAUGGGCGAGCUUAUUGCCUAUGCGGAUGAUGAGCUAGCGGGCAGUCAAAGGUUGUGGGAUGCUGCCGUCAGGUUUCUCCGGCAUGCGAAUAAAGAUGAGGCGAGAGCUGAGUUGCUGGCGUAUAGGGUCCCGCGGGAGACGGUGGCCCUGUUUGCGGAUACGCAGGGGCAGAGGGCGGAUGUGGAGAGUAUGGUUGCGAGGGAUGGGAGUAGUACCGGUGAA